UGUGGACAAAGCACAUCAAUCACCGGGAAUUUGAGAGAGAAUAACUUUUAAAUUCAAAGUCCAUGGAAUCUCAUGGAAAUUUAAAUAGCUUCCCAGCUUGCGCAGAUUAGCUGAAGAUAGAAUUUUCUGAUGUGUAUGUCAUCAUCCGAGCUUUCUAAUUCAUUAAAAUCAUGGAAAACACUGAAGAGCCAGAAGAAUUUUCAAAAGAGAUCUGUUUGGACCCAUCAGUAAAUGAUAUAUUCCAAAGUGAUAGAAACAAUUUAGGCAAAGUUAGCUCCAAAAGAAAAGAGCAUUUUAUACAGAUAAAUUUUGGAGAAUCUUCUGCAUUUGAGAUCAGAGAGACAGGAUUUUCAAUUUCUUGUAAAGAAGAAGAUGUCCUUAAUCAGCACAAAAAUAAUAUUGAUGUAGAAGAACAUGUUUCAGAAAUUAAUGAAGCCAAAUGUGUAGAUGAUAUACAAGGUCAAAAUGAGAAGGAGAGGUCAUCAAGUCAAAUUUGGGAGGAGAGAUCAACAAGUCAAAAUGAAGAGGAGAGAUCAACAAGUCAAAAUGGGGAGGAGAGAUCACCAAGUCAACAUGAGGAGGAGAGGUCACCAAGUCAAAAUGAGGAGGAGAGGUCACCAAGUCAAAAUGAGGAGGAGAGGUCACCAAGUCAAAAUCUUGUGAAGGAGACAGAGAAAGAACUUGAAGGACAAGAGACAGAAGACAGUGCUGUUACACAGGAUCAAAGUUCUGUUAACAAUGCUAAGGGUGGCUCAGAAACAAGUACCAAAAAGAGAACCAUUAACAUGAUAGUAAGUGACAUUCUGAAAAAUAAAGAAACAAGUGACAAAGAAAAGGCAGAGGAUGAUUUCAAAGGAGGGUCUAGAAGGGUGGAUAAGAGGAAAGAGAGUCAGCCAAAAAAGAGGAGGAAGGCCAGGAAUCCUGUAAACAUUACGUAUAGUGAAGAUAGUCUGGGUAUGGAAGAGGAUUCAGUCGAGGAAGAAGAGGAGACUUAUAAAUGUGAGGUGUGUUUUGUGAGGUUCAACAGACAGGCUGAUCUAACAGAGCAUUACAUGAUGCACAAAGACGAGGGAGAUUACAGUUAUGUGUAUAAUGGAAAGACAUUUGAGACCACCCCAUUUCAGCAGAAUUUUAUAGAAUCUUACAUCUAUAGCACUUUGAAGGAUAAAUCUACUGGGCAAGAAGGUGGGUCACUGACAAAUGAUCAAAACAUUCCAGAGAGUCAAAAGAUUGGUGCAUAUUCUACUCAGUCCACAGUGGGUGAAGGCUCUGAAAUGAUAAAGACAGAAAUUGAGAACCCCCUUCAGUGUGAUUAUUGUGAUAAGGCCUUCAGCAGUACUCUACUUCUGAAGAGGCAUAUCAGUGUUCACACAGGAGAAAGACCGUAUAAAUGUGAUGUCUGUGAAAAGACCUUCAACCUACCUCACCAUUUGAAGACUCACGCCAGAAUCCACACCAAUGUCAGGCCUUAUAAAUGUGAGGUCUGUGGGAGAGCAUUUAAUGAGAGCUCCAGCCUCAAGAGACAUAGUCGGAUUCAUGCCAAAGAGAGGCCCUACAUAUACAUCUGCGAUGUGUGUGGGAAAACAUUUAAUGAACCACACAACCUGAGAACCCAUGUCAGGAUUCAUUCGGAUGUAAAACCUUACACUUGUGGAGUGUGCAAGAAAGCGUUUAUCCGGCAGCAGACCCUGAAGAACCACAUGCGGAUUCACACUGACGAAAGACCAUACAAAUGUGAGGUCUGUGAAAAAGCUUUUAAAGAAUUACACCAUUUAAAGAUUCAUGUUCGCAUCCAUACUGACAUACGGCCAUACAAAUGUGACAUUUGUGAAAAAACGUUCAAUGAGAGGUCGAGUUUGAAGAGGCAUGUUCGGAUUCAUACGGGAGAAAAACCUUACAAGUGUACGCUGUGUGAGAAGGCAUUUAACCACAACGAGAGUUUGAAGAUCCAUCUUCGUCACCAUACGGGCGAAAGGCCAUUCAAGUGUGAAAUCUGCGACAAGACAUUCACGGAUCCCAAAAACUACAAAAGUCACCAGAAAAUUCACAAGCAUGACAAUCGUUUCAAAUUCAAAUGUGAUUCCUGUGACAAAUCUUUUACAGAGGAAUCCAGAUUGUGGCAACAUAUGAGAAUCCACACAGGUAAUCUGCCAUUUAAAUGUAUGAUCUGCAGUAAAGCUUUCAACCAAAAAUCUAGCUUGAAACGGCAUUUGAAGGCAAUCCAUCCAGGAAUUCCGAUGGAUAUGAAUGAUAAGGAUUUGCUUUCAUCCAAUACGGAUGAAUCGGAUGAGACGAUGGAUAGCCCAGCUGAUGAAGAUUUUGAUGAAGGUGAUGAAUCAGCUGAUGAUUUUACUGGUAUCUCAGGUGUUGUUAAUGAACCACCUGAAACUUCCAGUUCAUUUCAUAUAAUGAAGGCAUGAAAAUGAUGUGUUCAUAUUGUAGUCGUAAAAAAUUGUAAAUCUCUGCUUUUGAAUUCUAACCAUCAUCGUUGUGAUAUUUACAAGACUUUAAAUUACUGUACAUUUCAUAUUGGUGAAAAUGCAUUUAAUUAAUGCUAUGGACUUUUUAUAGUUAUGAUAAUAAUGAAAUCUCUCUUCAUUAUGAAAUAUAGGGUAAAUUUGAUUUUAUUCAAGAAAUUUUCUUGAUAGAUGUAUAU